AUGUCCUUGAUCUUGAGAUCACAAGGCUUGGGAGGCUUCUUAUCUCCUCACAUAGGUAACCUCUCUUUCCUUAAGAUCGUGGUUUUACAAAACAAUAGCUUUGGCGGUGAAAUCCCAUCACAGAUCGGCAACUUGUUUCGGCUCCGCAAUCUUGAUCUUAGUAACAACUCUUUUGGUGGGUCAAUACCCUCCAAUCUUUCCCGCUGCUCAAACCUCGAGUCCUUGAAUCUUGUAGAUAACCGACUUGUGGGGGGAAUUUGUUCCAAUCUUGGUUCUUUACCAAGGCUUAAAUUCUUGCGCUUGUCUAAGAACAAUCUUGUAGGUCCUAUUCCUCCUUCGAUUGGAAACCUCUCGCUGCUACAACACCUCUCUUUGGCAGAAAAUGCUUCAAGGAGCGAGGAACUGUCCAGACUUGAGAGUUGCGGGAAGCUUUCCUUCGAUAUUGGCACCACUCUUCCUUCUCUCUAUUACCUUGGAGGGCUCAAUAACAUGUUCACCGGGAUAAUUCCGUCAUCUUUGACGAAUACCACCAGUCUUCGGGGACUUUACCUUGCUAACAAUAAUUUCCAUGGGCCAAUACCGAAAAAUCUGGGAAGGCUAAAGGGCCUUUACGUGAUUGCAUUGGGUUUAAACCAGUUGCAGGAUGACUUGAGUUUUAUUUCUUCUUUAGCUAAUUGUUCCAACUUAGAAAUUCUCUCGGUGGAAGAGAACUCGAUUCACGGAUCAUUGCCAACAUCCAUCUCCAAUCUCUCCACCAGCAUUAAGCAAAUUUCAAUGUCAAACAAUCUGAUCCAUGGAACUAUUCCUUCAGCCUUCGGAAAUCUCUUCAACUUGACGUAUUUGAGUUUAAAGAAUAAUUCUCUAACCGAUAGCCUUCCUGAUUCUAUUGGAGCACUUUACAACUUGCGGGUACUUUUUUUGAGCAGAAACAUGUUUACUGGAGAGAUACCGCCUUCGAUUGGUAAUAUGACAUCUUUAAAUAGGCUUUUCCUUCAAGACAACAAUUUCCAAGGCUACAUACCACAAAGUCUUGGCAAUUGCACGCAACUAAUCGAGCUAGAGCUUUCAAACAACAGUCUAAGUGGCUCAAUUCCAGUCGAAAUUGUGGGCCUUUAUUCCUUGUCAAUCCUCUUCAGCUUAGCGCAUAAUAAUCUAAGUGGAUCUCUUCCAUAUCAAGUUGGGUCUUUAAGGAGUCUCGAAGAAUUAGAUCUGUCUUACAAUAGAUUGACCGGCUUAAUUCCAGCCUCCAUCAGCGGAUGCUUGAGAUUGGCACGGCUUGGCUUAGAAGCUAAUUCUUUUCAUGGUCAAAUCCCUCUAGCUUUAAGUCCAUUACAACGCCUAGAAGUGCUGGAUCUUUCCGAUAACAAUUUUUCUGGUCCAAUCCCGAGCUUUCUUACAGAGUUCUUAUUGCUUAAAUACUUGAAUAUGUCAUUCAAUGAACUAGAAGGACAAGUUCCGGAGAGCGGAGUUUUUCUCAAUGCAAGUGUUGUAUCAGUUUCUGGAAAUAGGGGACUUUGUGCAGGUGUUCCAACUCUGAAGCUUCCUCUUUGUAAAUUACCAAGCUCUAACAAGUCUUCUACAAUCAAGGCCAUAAUAACAUUUGUGGUCGCUAUCAGCUUGUUAUGUUUAGCUUUGUUGUUCCUGUCUAUUUUCGGUUACUGCAAAAAGAAGCGACAAGAACCACUUUGCUGGAUGUCAUCAUCUUUCAAGAACCAAUUCAUGAGGAUUUCUUAUGAUGAACUCUCGAGAGCUACUAAUAGAUUCUCAGAGACCAAUUUGAUUGGUAAAGGGAGAUAUGGCACAGUUUAUAUGGGGAUUCUUGAGGGCAUUGCCAUUGUGGCAGUAAAGAUACUAAGCGUCUGUUCAAGCGUGGACAUUCAUGGCAAUGACUUCAAAGCUCUAAUAUAUGAGUUCAUGGCUAACAGGAGUUUGGAGUGGUUGCACCCUGAGACUAUAGUGCGAGAUGAUGAGCAUGGCAAAUCAAGAAAUCUAAGACUAGUGCAAAGGUUAAACAUUGCCAUCGACAUAGCUAUUGUGAUCGAAUAUCUCCAUAAGGGUUGCUCUCCAGCAAUCGUCCAUGGAGAUUUGAAGCCAAGUAAUGUGCUUUUGGAUGAUGACAUGGUGGCUCAAGUUGGAGAUUUCGGGCUUGCUAUGAUCAUUUCAACGGUGUCAUCCGAAACCACAGGAGUUCAGGACCAGGAGUAUGGCAUCGGACACCAAGUUUCUACACUUGGGGAUGCAUACAGUUACGGCAUUCUAUUAUUGGAGAUGUUCACUGGAAAGAGACCCACUGAAGAGGCCUUUGGGUAUUGUCUUAACCUUCAUAGCUUUGUCCAAAUGGCUCUUCCUGAUCGAGUGAUGGACAUUGUAGACUCAAGGCUUUGGAGUGAAGCUGGUGAUCGACAGCAGGGGAUGAGGAUCAAAGAUUGCAUAAUCUCCAUUUUUGAAGUUGGAGUCGCAUGUUCGAUAGAAUCACCACUGGAUCGAAUGGACAUGACUGAGGCGAUUAGGAAAUUAUACUCGAUCAAGGGAAGUUAUGAAAUCAAAGAGAGGACAGAUGUUCCUUUGGAAAGCUGGCAAGAUCGUACUUUGGCCCUAUUGAUAAUAGCUGCCGUGGCUUCCUUGGUACUUGGAAUAAAGACACAGAGUGGCAGAAGAAUGGAAGUUUCAAUAUAUGAUGCCAUUGUUGGUGAUGCUGUUCUCCUUAAGAUUGGUGACCAGACAGAGUCUUGUUUCUGGUCAUUCCCUGGCGAUUGA